AUGGAUAGCCGGGCCCUUUUGCGCACUCGUCUUGUAUACGGCAACAUGGGGUGGAUACGCUCGGAUAACGCAAAAGAAAAAAUAGAAUUCCAAAAUUUGCCAGGACACUACCUUGAACUCCAAAAUGUAAACAAUGCCCCCAUUUUGGACUCUGCUUGUAAAAAACGAAAAUGUAGCAGAAUCGCGAAUUCUCUAGGAAAACUACCAUCAAAUCAUCCUGCACGUCAUCUUCCACCAGUAGAUCUUUUGUUUCUGGUGGACAGCUCUAGCAGCAUUGGAAUCUCCAACUUUGAAACGGCAAUUGAAAGAAUCCAAAGCGCGCUGAUUCAGAUCAAAACUAACAUUGCAAAUGUUUUGGAAGAUGUGGACAUCGGUCCGGGAAGGUCUCGUAUUGCUCUCAUACAGUACGCUCUGCAACCAAGCGUUGUGUUUGGAUUCGAUAAGUACUACUCUCUGAAAAGCGUACAAAGUAAUGCGAAUGGAGGACUGGAACGGAUGUCGUACACUGGUGGAGCCACAAUGCUAUCAAAAGCUCUUUCAUUUGCUGCAGGAGUU